AGCUGAUCCUGGGAUCAACAUACCUUACUGCCUAUUAAUAAGCUGUUGCCACAGUCCCUGUACCAGCCAUGGCAGCUUCCAGCAGCAGCAGCAGCGAGGAGGAGCGCAGCCUUCGGGAAUGUGAGCUUUACAUCCAGAAACACAACAUCCAGCAGCUUCUGAAGGAUUGCAUUGUACAGUUAUGCACAGUGAGACCUGAGAGGCCCAUGGGAUUCAUCAGAGAAUACUUCGAAAGAUUGGAGAAGGAGGAAACAAAGCAGUUGUUGAAUCAGCUGAAGUCUGGGUCACGCUCGGACUCGAGGGAGGAUGAGAUCUCUCCUCCUCCUCCUCUGAACCCUGUGGUGAAGUACAGGUCGAGACGUGGGGCCAUCAGCGCAGAAGUCUACACAGAAGAGGAUGCUGCAUCUUAUGUUAGAAAGGUUAUUCCAAAAGAUUAUAAGACUAUGGCUGCUUUGGCAAAAGCUAUUGAGAAGAAUGUGCUGUUCACCCACCUCGACGAUAACGAGAGAAGUGACAUCUUUGAUGCCAUGUUCCCUGUCACCUACAUUGCAGGAGAGACUGUCAUACAGCAAGGUGAUGAAGGUGAUAACUUCUAUGUUGUUGAUCAAGGAGAAAUGGAUGUCUACGUGAACAGCGAGUGGGCAACCAGCGUUGGGGAGGGAGGAAGCUUUGGAGAACUCGCCCUCAUCUAUGGAACUCCUCGUGCUGCAACAGUCAAAGCCAAGACAAAUGUGAAGUUGUGGGGCAUUGACAGAGACAGCUACAGAAGGAUCCUGAUGGGAAAUACUUUGAGAAAGAGAAAUAUGUAUGAGAAAUUCCUUAGUAAAGUCUCUAUAUUGGAAUCUCUGGACAAGUGGGAACGUCUCACUGUGGCUGAUGCAUUGGAACCAGUACAGUUUGAGGAUGGGCAAAAGAUUGUAGUCCAGGGAGAGCCAGGAGAUGAGUUCUUCAUUAUCUUGGAGGGCACAGCUGCAGUGCUCCAGCGUCGGUCGGAGAACGAGGAGUUUGUGGAAGUUGGCAGACUGGGACCUUCUGAUUACUUUG